GCAAAGUAGAAGAACUAUCCCCGUGCCAAUUUCCACUGGCAAAUGAGGUUGCACAAACCAUUCUGUACUACGAAAUGUAUUGUCCAAGGUCACCUGUCAAAUUGCAUCAAAUUGCAAAGACGAUUUAAUGUUUGUUCUUUGACGCCAACACGCAGUUCAGUUGAUGCCGCCAUGGCCCCUCACGGUUGCAGCCCUGGUGUUAGGUUCCGGGCUCCGCACCCACCUGGGCGCGAACUCGCUGCGCCGAGGGCACCUUCCGCGCCGCGCGGGCGAAUCCGCGGGGAAGGAAAGCCACUUGGCCCAGCUGCGCCGGAAGUACCGCUGGAGCGUUGAGGAGCUCCUGCAGCAGUGUCGCACCAACGACGGCACCCAGACGUGUGUUCUCCUCGACGAGCCCUUGCACGCAGCGAACGUGGGCAGCAUCCUGCGCCAGGCUGCAGUGCUCCAGUCGCCCACCCAGCCGGACGGCGUCUCCGCGGUGCUGCUGAGCCGAACCGCGGCCAAUGCCCGCGCCGCCGAGGCCAUUUUCUCCGAGAAGUUCUUGAAGAACGUGCUGCGGAUCUCGCUCGCUGAGAGGCAAGCCCUGGAGCAUGCCACACGCCUGGUGAUCCUGCCCACUGGACCCCUAGAACCUUUGAAACAGCUCCGCCAACAAGGUUUUGUGCUUUUGGCCUUGGAGAAUCUCGAGGCUUGCCUCCCGCUGCGCGACCAUGGGCGGCGUCCUCUCCGCAAAACCGCGUCCUCUCCGGUUCCGCUGUGGUGCUGCAAAGCGCUGGCAGCGCCCCGGGUCGUGUUCGUGGCGGGCGGCGAGGCUCAGAGCCUUCGACGGGACGUCUUGGAGCUUUGUGAUUGGCAGUGCUACAUCCCAGCUGCGAGCUGUCCACUGGUCGGAGAUAUUCAAGAUGAACAGACGCACAAUCCCACCUUGAAUCUCGCCCAUGCGGUUGUGAUUGCGCUUUACGAGCGCCGCCGUCAGUUGGCUUUGGGUCCAAGCCAUGCGUAGCCACGGGCUGCGUAACCAACGCUUGCAGGAAGGCUGCGGAGCAGCCAGGGUCCGCGCAUCAAGCGACGGCCAGGGCGGGCCGCUUGCGCUUGCGGCGGCCAUCACAGGCCACUACGCUGACGAUCCCCACUUCCAAUGGAUGAAGUGGACCAAGUGGUUUGCAGAGUGCAGGGUCUCCCACAUGGCCAGACGAGAGAUCCGAGUCGACCACCACAAGGCGUCAGAAGUGGCCAGAUGCCACAACACAACAGCGCGUCGUGGGAGAAAAAGAGUUUCACUGGAUGGUUCUCUUGAAGCGCUCCAUUCACAGUCCUUGGUCC